AUGAUCGGAGCUAUUUUGCCAUAUAUGGCAAAAAUCCGACGAUCAUAUCAGUCAAAUGAUAUAAUAGAUCGUUUAAAUUAUCAUUAUACAGCUACCAUAUUAGUUUUGGCUGCAGUAACAUUAGCUGCUACACAAUAUGUUGGUAAACCAAUUCAAUGUUGGGUACCACCACAAUUUACAGGUGCAUGGGAAAAGUAUGCUGAGACAUAUUGUUUUAUCAAAGGAUCAUAUUUUUUACCAGAAGAAUCUGAUAUUGAUGAAUCUUAUUCACUUCGUGAAACCCCUGAAACAAAAGUAGGAUACUAUCAAUGGGUUCCAUUAGUUUUAGCUUUUCAAGCAUUUCUUUUCUAUUUACCAUCUAUCAUUUGGAGAACAUUUAAUUUUAAUUCAGGCAUAAAUGUUAAAAGUAUACUUAACAAUGCAGCUUUAGUAAAGAAAAAGUUUGACAAAGGAUCAAGGAAUACACAAGUAUUAAAAGCAGUUAAUCAUAUGGUUGAAGCACUUGAAAUUCAAAAAGAAGUUAAACAUAAUUCAUUUACUGAUAUAAUAUUUGGAAAAAAUUCUGGUUAUUAUCUUGUUGGAUUAUAUUGUUUUACCAAAUUUCUUUAUGUUAUUAAUGUUUUCCUUCAAUUUGUUAUUUUAAAUGCUUUUCUUGGACCACAAUAUACAUUUUGGGGAUAUGGUAUUCUUCAAGAUUUAAUUAAUGGUAGAGAAUGGGAAGAAUCUGGACAUUUUCCUCGUGUUACAAUGUGUGAUUUUAAUGUUAGAGUAUUAGGUAAUAUACAUAGAUGGAGUGUUCAAUGUGUAUUAAUGAUUAAUAUGUUUAAUGAAAAAAUAUUUAUCUUUAUGUGGUUUUGGUUUGUACUUGUUGGUUUUAUAACAAUUCUUUCACUUUUAUGGUGGACAUUAGCUACAUACAUAACUACAAAUCAACGUGAUUAUAUUGUUAAAUAUUUAAGAUGUACUGGAACGGUUGGAGAUCAUAUAAGUCCAUAUGAAAUGAAUAUUGUAAAUGGUUUUAUACGUAAAUUUCUUCGUCCUGAUGGAGUAUUUUUACUUAGAUUAGUUCAAACAAAUGGUGGAGAUUUAUUAGUAGGAGAAAUGAUUACAGAAUUAUAUCAAAGAUAUAAACAAAAAAUUUCAGAUAACCAUAGUCAAGCCGUUACAGAUAGUCCAAAUUCAACAAAUUUGUAA